CGCACAGAACCCUUGCAACAUUUAAUCAACAACUUCUGAGAGUGAUGAUACAGCUGCACCAAGGCGCUCUCACAGCUAGCUUCAUCGGACGUCGUCAGCACUAACUACUGCUCAUACAUUUUGAAAAAAACAACAACAUAUGGCGUGCAUUUAUGUAUGAAAAGAAAAUACUCAACAGAAAAAAAUAACAAAAUCUAUAAUAAUUUGCAGCAAUUUUGAAACAGUAAUUCCUGUAUAAAUCGGGGAUGCAAUUCCGAUUUGCACGAGUAAAAUCAACUGUUAGUUGUACCGACCGAGGGAGAGGACUAUAAUGAGUGAUAUCACUGUCUUGAACUAAUAGCAAGAAUACUUGAAGUCCCCUGUACUCAGUAGCGACUUGGAACACCGGUAUCAUUAUUUGUACUUGGAAUUGCAUUACGUUUUAACAGGUUGCCUGAAGAGGAGAUAUCCGUUUUUUUAAAGAACAUUUACAGUGAUUUUUUUGUAAUUUUGGACUAUAGACUUCUUAAAUUACGUUUUUUUUCAGUAGUGGGAUUUAAUUUGAUUUAUGUUUUACUGUUGCUAGAGAGGAACAUAAAUUCAUCUUUUUGCGCUUCAGUCCCAUGCGUGGUACAGAAUGUUUUAAAGCACUGAUGCCAGUACGUGCCAGGGAUUUGAAAAUAAUUUACCGCUUUUGGUGAAAGGAAUUCAAGAACUACGGCCUUACGGAGAAGGCUCUCUCCACUUAUGAAUAUGGACUUGGUGUCCGAAGCAAACCUAGUGGUUUUGCUAGCCUGCAUCAUCUUGCAGUCCUGGGCUCAGGAGAAAGAAUAUACAAUACGGGAGGAAAUUCCUGAAAACAUGCAGAUUGGCAACCUGCGAAAGGACUUGGACUUGGCAUUGGACCCUAACAUCAAGCUUUCCUCCCCGCUCCAGUUUAAACCUGUGUAUAAAACUGGAGAUGUCCCUUUGGUGCGGGUCGAAGCUGACACUGGCAGGAUCUUCACCACCUCCAACCGCAUAGACCGUGAGAAGCUCUGUUCGGGAUUAUUCACUGAGAAACGCUGCUACUAUGAGAUAGAGGUAGCAGUACUGCCUGAUGAGAUCUUCAGGCUGGUGAAGAUCCGUUUCCUGAUUGAAGACAUCAAUGACAAUGCUCCACUUUUCCAGUCUACUGUCAUUAACAUCUCCAUCCCUGAGAACACCGCCAUCAAUUCACGCUACCCAGUUCCCUCUGCUGUAGACCCUGAUAUUGGCACUAAUGGUAUCCAGCAUUACGAACUUGUAAAGAGCGUCAGGGAAUUUGGACUUGACAUCAUUGAGACUCCAGAAGGAGACAAGUGGCCACAGCUAAUUGUCCAACAAAAUCUUGACCGUGAGCAGAAAGACACAUUUGUAAUGAAGAUUAAAGUAGUUGAUGGAGGGAACCCACCAAAAUCCAGCACUGCUAUUCUUCAAGUUACAAUCUCAGAUGUCAAUGAUAACCAGCCUGUUUUCAAGGAGAAUGACAUAGAAGUGAAUGUUCCUGAAAAUGCCCCAGUUGGCACUUCUGUCAUCCAAGUUCAUGCCACAGAUGCUGACCUUGGUUCCAACGCUCAAAUACACUUUUCCUUCAGCAGUCAAAUGACCAAUACAGCUAGAAGAUUGUUUUCAAUUGAUACUAAUACCGGACUGAUCAUGGUUAAACAACCCUUAGACAGGGAGUUUAGUCCAGUACACAAACUUAUAGUGUUGGCAAGUGAUGGAAGUUCCACCCCUUCCAGAGCUACAGUGACAGUCAAUAUUACAGAUAUUAAUGAUAAUGUCCCAUCGAUAGACACACGCUACAUAAUGAACCCUAUUAAUGGAACUGUCCUCUUAUCUGAAAAUGCUCCUAUAAAUACUAAAAUUGCUCUAAUUACAGUGACAGACAGAGAUGCUGACUUGAAUGGAAAGGUCACCUGUUAUACUGACCAUGAUGUUCCCUUUCGGUUAAAGCCUGUUUUUGAUAGUCAGUUCUUGUUAGAAACUGCAGCGCCUUUAGAUUAUGAGACAACCAGGGAAUAUGCAAUUAAAAUAGUUGCAUCAGAUUCUGGGAAGCCUCCCUUGAACACCUCAGCUAUGGUCCUGAUAAAAAUUAAGGAUGAAAAUGACAACGCUCCAGUGUUUCCUCAGCCUGACAUUCCACUGUCCAUUCCAGAAAACAAUGACCCAGGAGCACAGCUGAUAAAAAUCAGUGCUACUGAUGCAGACAGCGGUCGAAAUGCAGAGAUUUCUUAUUCUCUAGGCUCCGAUGCCCCUCAGAAUUUCAGCAUAGAUAGGCGAUCAGGAAUCCUAUCUGUUGUGAGAAGGCUAGACAGGGAAAAGCAAGACAAUUACUCCUUCACUGUUAUAGCUAAGGAUAAUGGUUCUCCUCCAUUACAGAACAAUGUUACUGUCAAAGUGAUGGUCCAAGACAUUAAUGACAAUAGUCCAGCCUUUACUCAUAACGAAUACAAUUUCUAUGUGUCUGAAAACCUACCACUAUAUGGCACAGUAGGCUUGAUCACAGUUACAGAUGCAGAUGCUGGUGAAAAUGCUGUUAUCAGCCUUUCCAUAUUACAUGAUAAUGGCAACUUCAUCAUUGAACCUAAGACAGGUGUUAUCAAACCAAAUAUCACAUUCGACAGAGAGCAACAAAGUUCUUACACCUUUGUGGUAAAGGCAACAGAUGGGGGUCGACCCCAGCGUUCUUCAUUUGCAAAAGUGACCAUAAAUGUUGUCGAUAUAAAUGAUAACCGCCCGGUGUUUGUCAUCCCUUCUUCCAAUUACUCUUAUGAUUUGGUGCAAACUACCACCAGUCCUGGCUCUGUGGUAACAAGAGUCUUUGCCAUUGACAAUGACACGGGCAUGAAUGCUGAACUGCAGUACAGUAUUAUUGGUGGUUCCCCUAGAGGGCUGUUUUCCAUUAAUAAUAAAACUGGUAACAUUACACUGCAGGAAAAAAUUCUUACAACAGAUCAGGGACUGCACAGGCUGAUAGUUAAAGUCAAAGACUCGGGUCAACCUGAGUCUUUGUAUGCCAUCGUCCUGGUCCAUUUAUUUAUCAAUGAAACUAUUUCAAAUGCUACCUUUGUGCAGGAACAAGUGCGCAAAAGCAUGGAGACCCCUUUGGAUCGAAAUGUGGGGGACAGUGAGUUAACACCCCAAGCCAAUGGCUACGUCAUCAUAGUGAUUGCCAUUAUUGCAGGCACUAUGACUGUCAUCCUAGUAAUUUUCGUCACUGCCCUGGUGCGCUGCCGACAGACACCAAGGCACAAGGUAGUACAGAAGGGUAAGCAAAGUGGUGAGUGGGUAUCCCCAAAUCAGGAAAACAGACAGAUCAAAAAGAAAAAGAAGAAGAAGAAGAGGUCCCCUAAGAAUCUUCUUUUGAACUUUGUUACCAUUGAGGAAUCUAAGCCUGAUGACCCCUCCCAUGAGCACAUAAAUGGCACCUUGGACCUCCCAGUAGAGCUGGAAGAGCAGACAAUGGGGAAGUAUAACUGGGCCACCACACCUUCUACCUUUAAACCUGACAGUCCAGACUUGGCCAAGCACUACAAAUCAGCCUCUCCACAGCCAUCUUUCCAAAUUAAACCAGAGACACCAGUGCCCCCUAAGAAGCACCAUGUAAUUCAGGAACUGCCGUUGGAUAACACCUUUGUGGUGGGUUGCGACUCACUCUCCAAGUGUUCCUCUAGCAGCUCAGACCCCUACAGCGUAUCAGAGUGCAGCUGCCAAGGAGGCUUCAAGACUCCAGGGACAAUUCAUACACGUCAGGAGACGGCACUGAAACCACCACUCUAUGGCACACUCUAUGGCACAGGUACAUCAUGCUCCCACAGGAUAAAAAUCAAUCUCUAGCUGGCAAUACCUAGAAAAAGGAAGGUACUGACUGAAGAGCUGAAAAUACAUUAGAAAAAAAGGUUCUACAGCCUCAAACAAGACUCUAGAUUUAAUUCCCUAAAUUUGUUAAGAAACCAUACUGAAAUAAACAUUGUCUUGCUGCCUAAUUGUUAAAGCAUUGUUUAAACUCUUAUAUUAAAUUUAGGAUGUGUGUGUGUGGGGGUAUGUCUUCUUUGUCUUGUUUUGUUUCUAUAAAUACAAAAGAAGAGCUUCUGUUUUGAGUCUCAGGUAUGCCAGUUUCAAAUGCUGCUUCAAUAGAGACUAAUUGAUAUGUUAAAAUCUCAGAUGACAAGAAAAAAUAAACCUAAAUAACAAUCAUGUACUGUAAAUAUGUGGGUAUGUGUAUUCUAUCACAAUCAUAUAAGUGACUUUCUUACACCAUGAAUUGGACCCUUAGAUUGUCUAAUGGUUACUUUGGUAUCUACCAUUUCAUUCCCAUUUCCAUCCUCUUUUUCGUCUUGUUAUGAAUCAGUGACCUAUUUCAUUAAUGCUGUAGCGUCUGCCACACUGCCUCUUAAGACUUUUUGUCCACUCACUGACUAUCAUAAUUCCCCCUUUAGUGCACUCCCACUUUAAAGCACUGCUUGAGUAAUAGUAUAAAGUGUGGCUGACUUAAUAUGCAUGACCUUCACAAGGGGGUGGGAAUAGUUUGGGUAACUGCUUCUAGGCUAUAAUGCUUCGCGGCUUCACUAUUGGCUUUUACAGUAUGUCAAAAGAUACUUACUCUAGAAAAUAUUAUCUAGUAAUUUUCACCGAGUUGCAGUCAUAAAUGGGCCAAGAGUCAACUGGUAAAAAAAAACAAAAACUGACAUUAGUGUACAAUGUUGAAGCAGAGGACAUAGUUUUAUUGUGAGAGUGGUGCUUUUUUACUUGUCAGAUGUUAUACAGAAGACCAAAAUGAGGUGUGUUCAAUAAAUUAUAAUUGUAAGUAAUAUUAAAGUCUACUUAAGAAGGUGUGACUCCAAAUUAAAAUUUCAGUCUCUCUUUAGUAAAGCUUCUAGUGUUUUUAUAGCUAAGGACCAUACUCGGAUGCACUUAUUUAUUUAUUGUUAUGUACUUAUUAAAAAGAUCAAUUAAAAAAAAAGUUGGAACAUCUAAAUCUUUCCACCAGAAUCCAUUGAAGUGUAAGUUUGUACUUAUUGAUACUUACUGAUAUAUUGAGAGAUGCAGGCAUACAUUUGUGAUUUAUAUAUUGGAUUUAGCCUUAAACUUGCUUUACUCUCAAUCUUAAAUCUUUAAUCUUGAAUCCCCAUCUAAAUGUACAAUUUAGAAGUGGAAAAUUGGACCAUAUAUUUGUUUUAAUAAUUGGUAGUUAACUGAAAUGUAUUCUUAACAUAUUUGCCUAGAACCAAUACCCCAAUACCUAGUUGACAACUAGUAACUUACUGCUGUAUUAUGCAAAUUAUGAUGAUUUUAAUGCCAAUGAGCAGGUUCAUACAUUUGUGCAAUCACAAAUAACAGUGGCUUAAGUUUGCUUUAAUCUUCACACCUUUGAUAACAGUUAAAUAGUUCCCUGUCAGAUAAAAUGUUUGAAAAAAUAUUCUCCACUAAAAUUCAACCAUGAUAAUAAUCCUUCUUUCAAAAUCCAAUAUGACAAAUGCAGGAAAAUUUCAGUGUAAAAUAUCAAUCAUUAGAAUUGCCUGUUGUUUUUAAACAACAAAAAACUUCACUAAGUAAAAGAAGACUUUUCUUUUGCUGGACUUUUACAUCAUGUGGAAUAUGAAUAUGCAGCGUAAAGAAAUAUAUUCUCUGUGUUUUAUUUUAAAGGUGAUUUACCAAUGUGUAAAAACAAUGAAGUGUACAUACUAAUGUUUUAUGUAUUUUUGGGUUCCUGAAACUCA